GUUUUAGCGCAUGGAUAAGUUUUUGUAGUGGAUAACAUUUUUUUUCUAUUUGCAUUGCAUUUUGCUGCCGCUUCUGAUGAGGAUCCUUUCUCCCCCUUUCCCCCACUUCAAUUUAAUUCAUGGCACUUCUUUUUUUGUAAAUCAGUGAUGUCUCUACGCGACGGUACUCGCGGUUGAUUUUUCAUCCUAUUCGAGUGGAAAGGAAUUGCUGCUGUAGAGGUGAAGCUCCAUCCACUCUUGAGUAUGGACUUAGCAAGUCAGGCUCAUGUGCUGGUGGUCUUGCUCACCUGCGUGGUCUUGCUAUGCCUGGCCCAGGAGAAGGACUACACGGUGAAAGAGGAGCAGCCAGAGAACGUCCGCAUUGGGAACCUGCGCAAGGAUGUGGACCUCAACCUAGACCCCAACAUUAGGCUAUCCUCGCCGCUGCAGUUCAAGCCUGUGUACAAGACAGGUGACGUGCCUUUGGUGAGAGUGGAGGCCAACACGGGGGAGAUCUUUACCACCAAUCACAGAAUCGAUCGGGAGAAGCUGUGCUCAGGUGUCUUCGCUGAGAAACGCUGCUACUAUGAGAUUGAGGUGGCCGUGCUGCCCGACGAGAUAUUCCGAUUGGUCAAGAUCCGCUUCCUGAUAGAGGAUGUGAAUGACAACGCACCCCUUUUCCAGUCCACUGUAAUAAACAUCUCCAUCCCAGAGAACACAGCCAUCAACACCCGAUACCCGGUGCCCUCAGCAUUUGACCCUGAUGUAGGGAUCAAUGGGAUCCAACAUUAUGAACUAGUCAAGAGUGUCAGCGAGUUUGGCUUAGACAUCAUUGAGACUCCUGAGGGUGACAAGUGGCCGCAGCUAAUCGUUCAGCAGAACCUGGAUCGUGAGCAGAAGGACACCUUUGUCAUGAAGAUAAAAGUGGAGGACGGUGGCAACCCUCCCAAGUCCAGCACUGCCAUUCUCCAAGUCACCAUCUCUGAUGUCAAUGACAAUCGUCCCAUCUUCAAGGACAGUGAGGUGGAGGUCACAGUACCAGAGAAUGCUCCCAUGGGGACAUCAGUUGUUCAGCUUCAUGCCACGGACGCAGACCUUGGUUCCAAUGCACAGAUCCACUUCGCCUUCAGCAACCAGAUCUCUGCCUCAACAAAACGUCACUUUGCCAUUGACAGCUCUACAGGACUGAUCACUGUGAAGCAGCCGCUGGACAGGGAACUAACACCUGUUCACAAACUCAUCGUUCUGGCCAGCGAUGGCAGCUCCACCCCCUCCAGAGCCACAGUGAUUGUUAAUGUAACAGACGUUAAUGACAAUGUUCCCUCCAUAGACACUCGCUACAUUAUCAACCUGGUUAAUGGGACUGUUCUGCUGUCUGAGAAUGCGCCUCUCAACACCAAAAUAGCCCUAAUUACUGUUACUGACAAGGAUGCAGAUCUUUAUGGCAAAGUAGCUUGCUACACUGACCAUGAUGUUCCUUUUCGGUUGAAGCCUGUCUUUAAUGAUCAAUUCUUACUAGAGACAGCUGCCCCCCUAGAUUAUGAGACGACUCGAGAAUAUGCAAUUAAGAUAGUGGCCUCGGAUAGGGGGACGCCUCCUUUGAACACUUCAGCUAUGGUUUUAAUUAAAAUCAAGGAUGAGAACGACAAUGCACCCAUCUUCCCCCAGCCGGAAAUCCAACUUUCCAUACCGGAGAACAAUGACCCUUCUACACAGUUAAUAAAAAUCAGCGCUACUGAUGCAGACAGUGGACAUAAUGCUGAGAUCAUUUAUACUCUCGGCCCUGAUGCGCCUGAUGGGUUUAACAUAGACAGACGGUCAGGAAUCCUCUCUGUUGGCAAACGACUGGACAGAGAGAAGCAGGAGAGGUACUCAUUCACUGUCAUAGCGAGGGACAAUGGUUCCACAUCCCUGCAGAGCAAUGUCACUGUCAGGCUAAUCGUCCAGGACCUUAAUGACAACAGCCCAGCUUUCACACACCCUGAGUACAACUUCUAUGUGCCUGAGAACCUGCCUCUCUAUGGAACUGUGGGCUUAAUCACAGUAACGGAUGCAGAUGCAGGAGAUAAUGCUGUUAUAACCUUGUCCAUUUUGAACGGGAAAGAUAAUUUCAUCAUCGAUCCCCAAACCGGUGUGAUCAAACCCAAUAUCACCUUUGAUAGGGAGCAGCAAAGCUCCUACACAUUUAUGGUCAAGGCAGUUGAUGGAGGGCAGCCUCCGAGCUCCUCCUAUGCCAAGGUCACUAUAAAUGUAGUCGAUGUGAACGACAAUCGCCCUGUGUUCGUCAUCCCAUCCUCCAAUUACUCAUAUGACCUAGUGCGGACCACCACCACCCCUGGAGCUGUGGUCACAAGAGUGUUUGCCAUUGACAAUGACACUGGUAUGAAUGCUGAGCUGCAGUAUAGUAUUAUCAGCAGCAUCAUCAUAACAUCUAGGGUCUCCCCUCGAGGUCUCUUCACCAUCGACAAAACAACGGGUAACGUAACACUGCAGGAGAAAAUUGUGGCAGCUGAUCAGGGGCUGCAUAGGCUGGUCGUCAAGGUCAAAGAUCUAGGCCAGCCUGAGUCAUUACAUGCUAUUGCACUUAUUCACUUGUUUGUCAAUGACACUGUGUCAAAUGCUACCUUUAUUCAAGAGCAGCUGCGAAAAAGUAUGGAGACACCCUUGGACCGUAACAUAGGGGACAGUGAGGUAACACCUCAAGCCAACGGAUAUGUGAUUGUUGUCAUAGCUAUCAUAGCAGGGACCAUGACUGUCAUCUUGGUGAUAUUUGUGACUGCCUUGGUGCGCUGCCGGCAGACACCCAGACACAAAGUGGUACAGAAGGGCAAGCAGAGUGGUGAGUGGGUGUCACCCAACCAAGAGAACCGUCAGAUCAAGAAGAAGAAGAAGAGAAAGAAGCGAUCCCCCAAGAACCUCCUCCUGAACUUUGUGACCAUAGAUGAAUCCAAGCCUGACGACCCCACCCAUGAGCAUGUUAAUGGUACACUAGAUCUCCCUGUGGAGCUAGAGGAGCAAACCAUGGGGAAGUACAACUGGGCCACCACGCCCACCACCUUCAAACCCGACAGCCCAGACUUAGCCAAGCAUUACAAGUCUGCGUCCCCUCAGCCUACAUUUCAAAUCAAACCGGAGACUCCAGUGGCCCCAAAGAAACACCAUGUGAUCCAGGAACUCCCCUUGGACAACACAUUCGUGGUGGGCUGUGACUCACUCUCCAAGUGCUCAUCGACUAGCUCCGACCCAUACAGUGUCUCAGAGUGCAGCUGUCAGGGGGGAUUCAAGACUGCGGGGCAAAUCACCACCCGACAGGAGACGGCACUGAAACCACCACACUAUGGCACACUCUGUGGCACAGGUACAACUCGCUCCCACAGGAUUAAAAUCAAUCUCUAGCUCCCACUACCUAAAGAGAGAAAAAGAGAGAAAAGAAAGAGAGGGGGCAGAGGGAGGAAAGAAGGAAGGCGAGAACUGAAGAGGUGAAACAAGUACUUUACUGUCUCUACAGCCUCAAACCCCACCUCUUCAUACAAUCGACAGAAAAGAUGAACUUGGAGGGGGGGAAAAAAAAUCUCAGAAAAAGAGUGACGCUUCAUGUUGCCUGCCUGAAACUUGACAAAGCUCCUCCUGUGAAUCCGUUGGAAGUUUGAAAUGCUUUAUUGAGUCCUAUGCUAUUACUUAACUGUGUCAGUGAGGAUGAUACUGUUUGCCCUGAACCCUCCUCAAAAAAAUGUCCCACUCCAGCACCCACUCUGUAAAAUAGGUGUCAAAUACAGUCAGUAGAUCUGUAAAGUAUGUUUAUAUGUAUGUAUGUAUAUCUAUCACAGAGUUGAUGGUGUUUAUAUUUAUUGAUUCUAUUUCUUUGCCUUGUUUUCAAAACUGCCUGGUGGCCAUUUUAUUUUCUUACUUUCCAAUUUUUGUAUAAUUUGACAUUGCUCUAUCUGGGCUUGCUCAUGGAACUAAUGACUUUAUUGACUGUAUUUAUGCUGCAAGGUCUACAACCUGUAGGCUUACAUUAGUAUUGAGCCCACAUCACAGUGUACCUUUUCUGUCAAUUUUCGCCUCUUUCUGUCCCACUUUUGAUGCCACUGUUAGUGAAGAGUGUGGCUAAUGUUAACAGAAACAUGCAUGGCCCCACAAUAUGACCACAUCUGUAGUUCUUUACAACUGUGUUACUAAACGCCAUGCUCACGCCAUUACACUAGAAGGAAUGGUAGGACAAGUUUAAUACUUUGAGCUAAGCCACAAUCACAAGAGACUAACUGCUGGGGUUAUAAUCAAAAGCUGUUUAUGUAGGGCAGAUUUGAAGAGCACUAAGCCUAACCUUUUGUGCGUCGCUUUCAAUUCCUAAGUCGGAAGUGAUUUAACCUGUGAGAUCCAUAUUAAAAUGACCCCAGAUGGUAAACAAAGAAUAGUAAUAAUCCUCAGGCAGUCUUUAAUAUGAGUUGGUAGACUUAAGCAAAAAUCACUUGACUUUGUGCACUUAUUUACACUGACAAAAUAUUUUUUUUCAAAUGAGAAAAAUAUUGAACACAAAAAUGAAAAGGUAAUCCAGGCUUCAGUUUAAAAACAGCAAUAAGUUAACAUUUGACAGAAAAUCCACAACGGUGCACUUACUACUUCUUUGGUCUCUUGUUCAGAGCAUCAUUUGCCUCUACUGUUUCUAUACACCUAUAGGAUCAUUAUGGUACAGUAUGUCUUGACUAGAAUAAUUUCUACAGUAUACACCAGUAACUGGCUUGAUGGGUUAGCAGCAUUGUUGUUCAAUAGUCCUGUUCAUUGAUAAGCUAAAGACUGCUUUGAUAGAUAAGGCAUAUACAUAUAACCAUGGAAUUAGACUCAGUAAAAUAGACAUAGUCAGUUUAGUCAAUUGGAAAUGCACAGAUGGAUUGGACCAGAGGCUGUUUGCCUUGUCUGAGAGACUAUAUAUAGUUAAAUGAAAUUACUGUAUGGACCAGUAGCCCUUUUGAUUUUGUUCCAGUCUUAAUAUGUCAUGACUCUACGGACUAUGUCUAUUUUAAAGCUUUUAAUUUUAUGUGUGUUGCCUUCUUGUGAGGCAGGUUGUUAUUAUUGAAGAAGGUAUAUUCAUGUAAUUAUGGUAUCAAAUGUAUUCACUACUGCGUAGGAGCCACAGUAUGAAAUAUACAUAGCAUCCUAGCACUGUGUAAUGAUUAGAUUUGCCUGAUCUAUGGGGAAAAGAAAAAAAAACUCAUACAUGGGGAGAGCUUUUGUCGUUGUAAGGGAGACAGACAACCUCACUUUUAUUCAAUGUGAAGUACAAUAUGCACCUUACAUGAUCUUUGUAAUUGACUUUGAUUUGCCAGUGUGGAGAAAACUGUAAAUGUUUUG